AUGGUGGUGCCAACGCCCAGCAACAAGGGGCUGGAAACGGCCCCGCCCGUCGAUGAGCAGCAGGUGGAGUAUGCCGCUGCCGAAGCGCGCCAGGACGUUCGGGACGAGAACGGUGAGGGCUCGGGCUCGGAUUGUGGAACCGCCGUCAACGGCGAGGACCUGCAUCGGAGCGCGAACGGCUCGUUUGUCGGCGACAUGGAUGGCGGUGUCUCGGUCAGCCGUGGUAAGCAGGAGUUUGCCGCACUCGAGCGCAAGCUAUCCAUCAUGAGCCAGGAGAGCGCCGACGUGCCGCCAAACAUGCUCCGCCGUGUUUCGACGGGCAUGUCGUUCCGUUCGGCUCACAACGCGAUGCCGCGGCCCAAGCGCACGGUCACGCACCAGAGCAUCGCCGAGGCCAAGGAGAUGCCAGACAUUGAGCAGACGGCCGGCCAGGACGAGUCCGAGUUCAACCUCUCCGACGAGUUGCGUGCGGGUCGCGAUGCCGCCGACGCCGCAGAGAUCAAGCACAAGCGUGUUGGUGUGGUGUGGGAGGACCUCGAGGUCAUUGGUGGCGGAGGCCUGCGGAUGAACAUUCGCACGUUCCCCAACGCAAUCAUGGAGCAGUUCAUGAUGCCGGUUAUCAAUCUCCUCGGCACGUGUGGCUACAGGCCGUUCGCGCCCAAGCCCAAGACAAUUCUGCAGCCAAACUCAGGCGUGCUGCGCCCUGGCGAGAUGUGUCUCGUCCUCGGUCGCCCCGGUGCGGGCUGUUCCACGUUCCUCAAGUCGAUUGCAAACCAGCGUGACAGCUUCCUGUCGGUCAACGGCGACGUCGAGUACGCCGGCAUCGCCGCCAGGGAGAUGCACAAGCUGUAUGCCGGCGAAGUGCUGUACAACCAGGAGGAUGACGACCACUUGCCGACGCUCACCGUCGCGCAGACGCUGCGCUUCGCGCUGCGCCUCAAGACGCCCAAGAAGCUCCCGGGUGUCAGUGCGGCCGAGUACCGCGAGGACCUCCUUGAACUCCUACUCUCAAUGCUCAACAUCAAGCACACGGCCAACACGGUCGUCGGCAACGCGUUCAUCCGUGGCGUGUCCGGCGGCGAACGUAAGCGUGUCUCGAUCGCCGAGCAGUUCUGCUCUGGCGCUGCCCUGUGUUCGUGGGACAACUCGACCCGCGGUCUCGACGCCUCGACCGCGCUCGACUACGCAAAGUCCCUCCGCCUCCUCACGGACAUUAUGCACCAGACGACCUUUGUCUCGCUCUACCAGGCCGGCGAGGGCAUCUACAAGCAGUUCGACAAGGUUCUCCUCCUGAACGACGGUCACGUCGUCUACUUUGGUCCCGCAAAGGAGGCUCGUGCCUACAUGGUCGGCCUUGGUUUCCAGGACCUUCCGCGCCAGACGUCGGCCGACUACCUCUCAGGCUGCACGGACCCGAACGAGCGCCGCUUCCAGGAGGGUUACGACGAGAGCAACGUCCCCUCCACCCCUGCAGAGAUGGAGGCCGCCUUCCGCAAGAGUGACAUCUAUGCGCGCAUGAUGGCCGAGAAGGACGAGUACAAGGCCUCCAUGCAGGCCGAGGAGAAGGAUCGCGAACAGUUCCGCGUCGCCGUCCGCGAGCAGAAGCACCGUGGAGUCGGCAAGAGCUCGCCCUACACCGUUUCUUUCUUUGCUCAGGUUAUGGCUAUCGUCCGUCGCCAGAUCAUCCUCAAGUUCCAGAACAAGUUUGACAUCUACACGUCCUACGCUACCUCGAUUAUUAUUGCGCUUAUUGUCGGUUCCGUCUACUUCCGUCUGCCCGAGACGGCGAGUGGCGCGUUCACCCGCGGCGGUCUGCUCUUCUUGGGUCUUCUGUUCAACGCCCUCACGUCGUUCUCGGAGCUUCCUGGCCAGAUGAUGGGUCGCCCCAUCCUCUAUCGCCAGGUCGGCUACCGCUUCUACCGCCCGGCUUCGUACGCUGCCGCUGCGGUCGUGAGCGACGUUCCGUUCAACGCUACAAACAUCCUGGUAUUCACGAUCAUUCUCUACUUUAUGGGCGGUCUCGCACAGACUGCUGGAGCCUACUUCAUGUUCUACCUGUUCGUUUUUAUCACGUUCAUGGUCAUGGCGGGCUUUUUCCGCACCUUGGGUGUCGCCACAAGCGACUACAACGUUGCUGCCCGUCUUGCGUCCAUCCUCAUCUCUCUCAUGGUGACAUAUACCGGUUAUAUGAUUCCGCAAUUCGCCAUGAAACGAUGGCUGUUCUGGAUCACUUACCUCAAUCCGCUCUACUACGGGUACGAGGCACUUUUCGCCAACGAAUUUUCGCGAAUUACGAUGAAAUGCGACGCCAACUACAUCAUCCCAACCAACAUGCCGCACCUGGGGAUCACGUCGUUCCCGUCCGGCGUUGGCCCGAACCAGAUGUGCGCCCUUCCGGGUUCGUCGCCCGGCUCGGACAUUGUCACGGGUACCGCCUACAUGACUGCCGGGUUCCAGUAUUCAAAGGACCACAUCUGGCGUAACUUUGGCAUCCUCGUUGGCUGGUUCUGCUUCUACAUGUUCCUGCAGAUGUUCUUCAUGGAGAAGAUGAAGCUCGGAGCAUCGCACCUCGCGAUUGUUGUUUUCGCCAAGCCUACCAAGGAGCUCAAGAAACUCAACGAGCGUCUCGAGGAGCGCAAGGAGGCCUACCGCGCCGGCAAGCUCGACCAGGACCUCAGCAACCUCUCAAUGGCCCCCACGCCAUUCACCUGGGAAGGUCUCAAGUACACUGUCCCGGUCCCCGGCGGCAAGCGCCAGCUCCUGAACGACGUGUAUGGCUACGUCAAGCCUGGUUCCUUGACUGCGCUCAUGGGUGCCUCGGGUGCUGGAAAGACAACGCUUCUGGACGUGUUGGCUGCGCGCAAGUCGAUCGGCGUGAUUGAGGGUGACCUGCUCAUGAACGGCCGCCCUAUCGACGUCUCGUUUGCGCGCGGAUGCGCUUAUGCCGAGCAGCUUGAUGUCCACGAGUGGACGACUACCGUUCGUGAGGCGCUCCGAUUCUCCGCGUACCUCCGCCAGCCGGAGAGCGUGCCCAAGGAGGAGAAGGACGCGUACGUCGAGGACAUUAUCGAGCUCCUCGAGCUCCAGGACCUCGCGGAUGGCAUGAUUGGUUUCCCCGGCUACGGUCUCUCUGUCGAGGCGCGCAAGCGUGUCACCAUUGGUGUCGAGCUCGCUGCCAAGCCCGACCUGCUCCUGUUCCUGGACGAGCCGACGUCGGGUCUCGACGGCCAGUCGGCUUACAACAUUGUUCGCUUCCUCCGCAAGCUCGCUGCUGCCGGUCAGAAGAUUCUCUGCACGAUCCACCAGCCUAAUGCGCUCCUCUUCCAGUCGUUUGACCGUCUGCUGCUUCUCCAGCGCGGUGGAGAGUGUGUCUACUUUGGCGACAUUGGCGAGGACUCGAAUGUCCUCAUCGACUACCUCGAGCGCAACGGUGCAAAGGUCCCCAGUGAUGCCAACCCGGCCGAGUUUAUGCUCGAGGCGAUUGGUGCUGGCUCGCGCAAGCGCAUCGGUGGUGACUGGCACGAGAAGUGGAAGGCCAGCCCCGAGUUUGCAAAGGUCAAGGAGGAGAUUGCCGAGCUCAAGGCCGACGCUCUCGCCAAGCAAGUCGUCGACGAGGGCAAGCCGCGCGAGUACGCUACCAACUUUUUGUUCCAGCUCAAGACGGUCCUUCAGCGCACCAACGUCGCCCUCUGGCGCAACGCCGACUACCAGUACACGCGUCUGUUUGCUCACUUGGCCAUUGGCCUCGUUGUUGCUCUCACGUUCCUCAACCUUGACAACAGUCUCCAGUCGCUCCAGUACCGCGUCUUUGUCGUUUUCUUCGCCACCGUUCUCCCGGCCCUUAUUCUUGCCCAGAUCGAGCCCCAGUACAUCAUGUCCCGCAUGACAUUCAACCGUGAGGCCUCGUCCAAGAUGUACUCGAGCACGAUCUUUGCCCUCACCCAGCUCAUCGCCGAGAUGCCCUACUCGGUGAUGUGUGCGACGGCAUUCUUCGUUCUGGUCUACUACUCUGUGGGCUUCCCGUUCGAGUCCAGCCGCGCCGGCUACUUCUUCUUCAUGGUCCUCAUUACCGAAAUCUACGCGGUGACGCUCGGCCAGGCUCUGGCGGCCCUCUCGCCAUCCAUUAUGAUUGCGGCUCUCUUCAACCCCUUCCUCCUAGUCCUCUUCUCCGUCUUCUGCGGUGUCACCGCUCCUCCCGUGACCCUGCCCUACUUCUGGCGCAAGUGGAUGUGGCCCCUCGACCCCUUCACCUACCUCAUCGAGGGUCUCGUCUCCACUGUUCUCCAGGACGUUCCUGUGCGUUGCAAGCCCACCGAGUUCCAUCGCUUCAACCCGCCCUCGGGCCAGACCUGCGCUGAGUGGGCGGGCAAGUUUGCCGACGUCAUGGGCGCAUACCUCAACAACCCGAACGCCACUUCGGACUGCGAGUACUGCCAGUUCAGCAACGGCCAGGCCUUCUUUGUUGGUCUCUCCAUCAAGUUUGAGAACCGCUGGCGCAACGUUGGCAUCCUCAUCGCGUACGUUGUGUUCAACAUUGCCGUCCUGCUCAUUGCCGCGCGUUUCCUGCGCUGGCAGAAGCGGUAA